AUGAUGGGCAAAGAUGAACAGACGCAGGAAAACAAGAACACCAACCCACCACCACCGCUGAAUCUGCAAACUCAUUCGUUUUCUUCCCUCCCAGAUGAAAUCGUUGAGAACAUUCUUGCUCGUGUCUCUAAGGCCAAGUACCCUACUCUCUCUCUCGUCUCCAAGAGAUUCCGCUCUCUCCUCUCUUCUCCCGAAUUGUACAAGACACGUUCUCUCCUCGGAACCACCGAACCAUGCCUCUAUCUCUGCCUAAAACAUUCCGAAGACCAACCUCCUAGAUGGUACAGUCUUUGGAUGAAACCUGUUGAUGAAACCCUAACCGAGGGAGACAAUCCUCUUCCACGUGGAGACUACUCGUUGUUUCCGGUACCUUCUUCUACGAAUCCUACUCUCGUACCAUAUUAUUCCAUGGUAGCGGUUGGUUCGGAACUCUACGUAAUCGGCGGUGGUUCUUACAAGGCGCGGUCUUCAGCUGUUCGCAUUCUUGAUUGUCGGACUCACACAUGGCGUGAUGGCCCUAGUAUGUUGGUGUCUCGGUUGCAUGUCUAUGCGUUUUUACUCGCUGAGAAAAUAUACGUGAUGGGAAGUUGCGGGAUAUUCGACGAGUCCCUGAAUUGGAUAGAAGUGUUGGACAUAAAGACUCAGACAUGGAGACACUUGCGGAGCCAUGGAGCCGACGAGUUUGACGAUUGGUUUGAGAUUAAUGUGGUUGAAGGAAAGAUUCAUGCAAUUGGUGCAAAGAGGAGCAAUGCUUAUGACCCGCAAGAAAGUAGGUGGGAAGUUGUGGAGAAGUACAGUUGCUCCAUAUCUAUAAAUGCUUGGUGUGUAAUAGAGGAUGUAAUGUACUGUUUUACAGACUCCGGUGAUUGCAAAUGGUAUGACUCCAAUGCUAGAGACUGGAUAGAUGUCAAGGGUUCGGAUCUCGAACUAUUGCUCUGCCCUAGAACAUGUAGUCCAGCAUGGGGGCGUGUAGAAAUGCACAACGUUGGUGGGAAACUCUUAGUUAUGUGGGUCCCCUACUUUAGAGAUGACAACGAUGAAAGGAGGUUAUGGUGCGCGAAAAUCGCAUUACAGAAGCGUGGCAAUGAAGUUUGGGGUAAGAUAGAAUGGGCUAAUAGUAUCUCGGACUCGCCUUGGUUCUUCAGUUGUGGAGUCAUUUCGAUUUGA